CUAUUAGCUCCUCUUGCACUUUUUUUUUUUUUCCGGGAGAGGAGGCGGAGUGUGAGGAAAGGAGCGAAGAAAAUAAAGGAUUUCCGCCCAGAAGAGAGCGACAGUUCGGAGAGCUUUUUCUUAAGGGAACGAGCGGCGUUGGCGGCCGCCAGCCCCGCGGGCCCACCAUGCGCGAGCCGGCCUCGGGCUGCUGAGGCGCCGCGACGCGGAAGCGGAGGCCGCCAGCCCCGGGCUCUCCGCGCUCCGGACCGCGGGUGUCCGCCGGGCGGCGGCGGCGGCGGCUGCAUGGAGCCCGCGACCGCGCCCCAGCCCGCCAUGCCGCCGGAGCUGACCCCGGAGGAGGAGCAGGCCACCAAGCAGUUUCUUGAAGAGAUUAACAAGUGGACAGUUCAAUACAAUGUUUCCCCUCUGUCUUGGAAUGUGGCUGUCAAGUUCCUCAUGGCCCGGAAGUUUGAUGUGCUCCGUGCCAUAGAGUUGUUCCACUCCUACAGGGAAACACGAAGGAAGGAAGGCAUUGUGAAGUUGAAACCUCACGAAGAGCCUCUUCGUUCUGAGAUCCUUAGUGGAAAAUUCACCAUCUUAAAUGUUCGGGAUCCAACAGGAGCCUCCAUUGCCCUCUUCACUGCCAGAUUGCAUCAUCCUCAGAAGUCAGUCCAACAUGUGGUACUUCAGGCUCUGUUUUAUUUGCUAGACAGAGCUGUGGAUAGCUUUGAAACUCAGAGGAAUGGACUGGUGUUUAUCUAUGACAUGUGCGGUUCUAAUUAUGCUAACUUUGAGCUGGAUCUUGGCAAGAAAGUCCUGAAUCUGCUUAAGGGAGCAUUUCCAGCUCGUUUGAAGAAAGUAUUGAUUGUGGGAGCACCCAUAUGGUUCCGAGUGCCCUAUUCCAUCAUCAGCCUCCUCCUGAAGGACAAAGUCCGGGAGAGGAUUCAGAUAUUAAAGACGUCUGAGGUCACCCAGCACCUGCCCAGGGAGUGCCUUCCAGAAAACCUGGGUGGGUACAUCAAAAUUGACCUCGCCACUUGGAAUUUCCAGUUCCUACCCGAGAUGAAUGGCCACCCGGAUCCCUUCGAUGAGAUCAUCCUGUUCUCCCUCCCUCCUGCCUUAGACUGGGACUCGGUACAUGUUCCGGGUCCCCACGCCAUGACGGUCCAAGAGUUGAUGGACUAUGUUAGUACCAGGCAAAAGCGGGGGAUAUAUGAGGAGUAUGAAGACAUCCGUCGUGAGAACCCUGUUGGCACUUUCCACUGUUCCAUGUCUCCAGGAAACCUAGAGAAGAACCGCUAUGGAGAUGUACCCUGCCUGGACCAAACUAGAGUGAAGCUGACAAAACGAAGUGGCCACACUCAGACAGAUUACAUCAAUGCCAGUUUCAUGGAUGGCUACAAGCAGAAGAAUGCUUACAUUGGUACACAAGGCCCUUUGGAGAAUACCUAUCGUGAUUUCUGGCUCAUGGUAUGGGAACAAAAAGUCUUGGUGAUUGUCAUGACCACCCGCUUUGAGGAGGGCGGCAGGAGAAAGUGUGGUCAGUACUGGCCUUUAGAAAAAGACUCUCGGAUCCGAUUUGGCUUCCUCACAGUGACCAAUCUAGGCGUGGAGAACAUGAACCAUUAUAAGAAAACAAAGCUAGAAAUUCACAACACAGAGGAACGGCAGAAACGCCAGGUGACCCACUUUCAGUUCCUAAGCUGGCCAGAUUAUGGUGUCCCUUCUUCGGCAGCUUCCCUCAUUGACUUCUUGAGAGCGGUCAGGAACCAGCAGAGGCUGGCCGUCGGCAGCAUGGGAGCGCGCUCCAAAGGGCAGUGCCUUGAGCCACCCAUUGUGGUCCAUUGCAGUGCAGGCAUUGGCAGGACAGGUACUUUCUGCUCACUGGACAUCUGCCUGGCACAGCUGGAGGAGCUUGGCACCCUUAAUGUGUUCCAGACGGUGUCUCGCAUGAGGACCCAGAGGGCCUUCAGCAUCCAGACCCCUGAGCAGUACUAUUUUUGCUACAAGGCAAUCCUGGAGUUUGCAGAGAGGGAGGGCAUGGUGCCUUCCAGCCACAACCUCCUGGCCAUGGAGGAUCAGUAACUGUCCCACGAGCCUCCUACCUGCUGGCCAGCCUUCCUUAAACUACCCUGGACACUGCUGAGCCUAUAGGUUGCCAUCAGUUACGCUGAAGCCAUGGACCAAACUCUUUCUUGUGUUUCCCGGCACAUGCGUGCUCACAAGGCAGUCUUUCCCUUUGGCUAGAUAGAUAUGGUGAAAUUGCUGCUAGAAAGGGCCAG